AUGUACAGCACCGGAAAAUUCCUGACAAUUUUAUUUGUUGUCGUCAUCGCUAUUAACGACGUGGCUGGAGUCAAUAAAAGAAAUCGACGGAGAUGGUUUCUGAGAAAACGGCCUAUUGCAAGGGAAGCCAAUGUGAUUGAAGCAGAAGCGGCCGGAAGAUCUGAAAUGUUCUCUAACAUAAAUGAGGCACAAGUCGUCGACUUUGUGGGCAGAGAUGAAGGCGAUAAUUCAGCCGUUGUCUUUGGUGCCGAGAAAAGCGGGGUUUAA